UUUUCAUUUGAGUUGCCAAAAUUCGUGAAAAUCCAAAAUUGCUUUUAUCAGCGUUUGUUAUAAUACAAUUUGCAUGGACGCCACUUGUUUGAAUUUUAAGCUUAAAACAGUUUUCCAAAACACUGAGAUAAGUGAGUAAGACUUGUUUAAAUUUUUAUCAAAAACAAGACAUGAAAGAGAGAGCUUGAGCUGGAAAAUUUUAUGUGGGGAAGAAAAGAACUAAUAACUUUUUCCCAUUAUUCUAUCAAUUUCAGUUUUCAACAACUCAAUUUUCAACUUCUUCUUCUUCUUCUUCUUCUCAAAAUUCCAACUUUACUUUGUACUUUACUCUACUCUCUCUCACAGUCUCACAAUUGAGGGAACCUGAUAAGAUGAUGAUGUUGAUCUCUCCAUCUCCUUUUUCUCUUUGUUGUGCUCUCCUCCUCUGUCUGCCACUGGCACUGGUUUUCACUUCCACUACUACUCCUCCAACCACCGGUAACAGUGGCAUAAAAAGAAACUUACUUCCUCCACCACCACCACCAAUAAGAAUACCCACUGAUGAUGAGUCUCUAUUCAAACUCGCUUCCCGAGUUAACUCAAAACCAUUUCCUUCUUCUUCUCCUUCUUCACCGAGAAAAAUUGCUUUUAUGUUUCUUACAACAACUCCACUUCCAUUUUCACCACUCUGGGAACUGUUUUUCAAUCAAACCAAAGAAAUUCAUCAAAAUCAUAAUAAUCUUUACAACAUUUACAUUCAUGCUGAUCCAAAUCAAACUUACGACUCACCAUUCACAGGUGUUUUUAACAACCGAGUAAUUCCUUCGUCAAAACCCACAAAGAGAUUCACUCCAUCUUUAAUUUCUGCAGCUCGUCGUCUUCUUGCUCAUGCUUUGAUUCACGAUUCUUCAAAUUCCAUGUUUGCUCUCAUUUCUUCUACGUGUAUUCCUCUUCAUUCUUUUAAUUUCACUUACAAUACCUUAAUCCGAUCAAAGAAAAGCUUCAUCGAGAUACUACCUAACGAACCAGGAGCUUAUGAUAGAUGGGUUGCGCGUGGAUUAGAUAUCAUGUUACCGGAAAUUCCAUUCGAUAGGUUUCGAAUCGGAUCACAGUUCUUCGUCUUGACCCGCAAACAUGCAAGAUUAGUUGUGCGAGAUCGACGGCUAUGGUCGAAAUUUAAACUUCCUUGUCUGCAAUGGGAUGUCUGUUACCCGGAAGAACAUUAUUUUCCUACUCUGAUGAACAUGCUUGAUCCACAGGGAUGUGUACCUGCAACUUUGACUCAUGUUGACUGGCAUGGAAGAUCCGACGGUCAUCCUCGUACUUAUGAAGCUUCAGAAGUGAACCCCGAGUUGAUCAUCAAGCUUAGAGGAGACAAACUCAGAUAUGGUGGUACUGAUGAAGAUGAUGAGAAGAAAAUAAACGGCUCUGAUUCGUCGAGGAUGCUGCAUCAAAAACAUCAUCAAGAUGACCGUUUUCUUUUUGCAAGGAAGUUUUCUCCGGAUUCAUUACAACCGUUGAUGGAUAUAGCUGAAGAUAUUAUCUUUAAAGAUUUUUGAUUUUUGUAAAAAUUUACUAAAAUGAUGAGACAAAAAAUACCUUCCUCCACUUUGAAACUCAAAAAAGAGAGAAAGUUGAGAGAGAAGAAAAAAAAAAAAA